GAUUGGUAUCCCGACGUACCGCUGGUUAUCCAAGCGAAUCAACUGAUUAUCGGGCGUCUUGGGCUGGGGCACACGCUGCCGGAGCUCGUCGCGGAGUCGGCGAGGAACGAGGCGGGCUGUCACCCGGGGACGAUGGCGGCGUACUUCCACCAUGCGAUCACGCUGGAGCUGGCGUGUUUGAUGAGCAAUGAUACGGUUCAGAUGGCGAUUGUGAAGGGUGUUAGGGUAUGA